GCAUAAAGGAAUGUCUUAGCUUAACUACCUAUAUAAGUAAAAUAGAACAACACAUUAAAAUGUACAACUAUGAUCUGUUUUAUCAUUCAGAUCAAUAAAUUUGUAGCUGAGAAAUUUAAAAACAGUCUUAGUAUACCACUCGGUGGUGACCAGCUGACACGGGUGGCAUUUGAUUCUGCUCGCCAACUUAGAGCUGGAGCACACACAAGAACCGAAAGGCUAGAGCAGUUCACGCCAGUGGUUGAAGAAAUGUACCAUGUACAACAGGACCUUCUUGAGAAAAUUAUUAAGAAGUUCUACAGCACAGAAUGUUCAAGAGAAGUUGGACCUCUUGCGCAUUACAGGGCAGUUCUUCAUCGUACAAAUGUGAAUGGACAGGUUAAGUCGGGUGUAUAUGAAUUUCACAAAGACUUCAUUUUCACAGUUGCAAGGUAUUAAUAUUGUAUGAACAAUGGGUGUAAGGUAUAAAGUACAAGUCAGUACAUUUUAAUACCAUUACCUUAACCAGUGUUCCUGGAUUCUGUACCAGUACAAACCUGUUCUCCACAAUUAACUGCCAACUUCCAAACAUGAAUCAGAUGAUAAGGACGAAUGAUUUUAGGCACAGUGUCUUUUAUUAAACCGUCCGAGAGAACAUAUGCCUGGCCCAGGGCUCGAUCUUACGAACUCGCGAUACACAGGUUUGUGCUGUCUAUUCUGAGCUAAGCAGGCAGGCCAGCAGUACAAGCAGAAGCAAUUGUUAAAAAUUGUCCACUUGUUAACUGUAUCAUAUUAAUCUAUAAUUCUUAAGCUGUAAGUAAAGCAAAGCCAAGCCUUGCCGUACAUGGUGCCAUUGGAUAUGUGUGUACUUUUUACCAGUAAAAUAAAUGCAUACUUCUCCAAUAGAAAUUGAAAAGAAAGUCAUAUUUCAGCCCAAAUAAUUCAAAUACAUGGAACACCGUUAAAGCUAUACUUUAUUGAAUAUUUUCAUUGUCUUUAACAGUAUAACCACUGCUAAAAAUACCGUAAAAAUUUUUUCUUCAAAGACAGAUUUUUGCUUUAAAUUGAAUUUUUUAUUAAACAAAAAU